AUCAGUUGUUCACAUCCGCAUUCGGAUCAGCAUCGUUAUUUCUGGUCUCAGACAACGUCCUCAGCUAAGCAUCAACAUGUACAAGUUCCUGCUCCUCGCUGCCUUCAUCCCAGCAGUUAUGCUACAGAACGUUGACAACGAUGAGCACGAGAAAUGGAGUCCUGCUAAGUUUACACAGUGCAAAGGAGGCCAGCCAAUGCCAAGUGCGGUCCGCAUAGAAAACUGCCCAGAUGAUGUCUGCGAAUUGCACACAGGAAAAACCGCCAACAUGGCAAUGGACUUCACUGCGGUUUCAACCUCCGACACUCUGAAGACCUUGGCUACUGCCUACGUUCUUGGACUUCCGUUUCCGUACGAACUUCCUUCUGAGAACGCCAAUGCUUGCAACUGGCUGGUUCGUACACGUUGCCCAAUCUCUCAGGGUGAAGACCUCACCUAUGUUUUGGCGUUCCCGAUCGGAUCCUACCCGAAAAUUAGCCUCGACAUUGAAAUCAAUGUUGUGAACCAGUCCUCCAAGUCGGAAGCUUGCUUCAGAAUUAAGGCUAAGGUCGUAUAAACACAGCUUCUUGUUUUCUUGUUUCGAUUUGAAUGGAAAUAUACCAGCUAUGAACAAUUGA